AUGGAACCGUUCAGAAAGAAGUUCUCCGUUGAGAAAAUUCCCGAUCUAGCCGGCAAGGUCAUCAUAGUAACUGGUGGUGCCACGGGAAUUGGCAAGCAAACGGUAAUCCAGCUACUAAGGUGUAAUGCCAAAGUGUAUGUGGCGUCUCGAUCGAAAAGCAAGUUUGAGCAACUUUUAGACUCUCUCGCAACAACCGAUGUACAUAUGGUUACAGGCAUGAAGUUCCUUGAGAUUGACUUGUCAGAUAUGGGAAGUUGCAUCUCUGCGGCGAAGCGUUUCGCCGAGCUGGAGGACAGACUUGAUAUCCUCAUUGCAAAUGCUGCUCUGUCCGUCGUACCAGAAACAUUGUCAAAAGAUGGCAUUGAGAUACAGUUUGCGUAUCUCGGCCAUUUUGUGAUUGUUUACUCCCUUCUGAGCCUCAUUCAACACACUGCUCAAAUGUUUGGCGAAGCAAGGAUCGUCAUUGUCGCAUCGCACGCACAUGCUAUGUAUAAGCCAAUUUCAAAGGGUAAAAUCGAUUUUGAAAGUCUCGGAAUGGAAGGAUCCAAGACUAUAGAGAACUUUGCCGAAGUUCAAGCUAGCUUGCAGAGAUACGGCCGCUCAAAGCUUGCAAAUAUCUUAUUCGCUCGGUAUCUUUACAAGCACCUUCAAGCAACUGGUCACGCCAAUAUUCUCGUCAAUUGUCUCAAUCCAGGUACAAUCGGAACUGCUCCUGGCACUGACUCAGCAGCUCUUCCGCCAAUGUUUAGUUACAUAAGCUCAUCGAUUGUUCGAUGGACAAGUAUCCCACCAGAAGAUGGUGCUCUCACAACGCUUUUGUUGGCUACGGACCCUGAAAUCAAGUCAAAAGCAUUGAAUGGACGGUACUUCGAUGUUGGGCCGCUUGCUGGAAAGUUCUACUACGGUUACAGCUGGGACGCUACGGACUCGAAAUUAUCCGAUCUUGCAAAGGAUGAGCAACUCGCCGAGACGUUGUGGGAUUGGAGCUUAAGAACAUUAAGGACGAAGAAAGAAGGAUUCAACCAAACCUACUGA